AUGGCGGAACAGGCUCUAGGUUUAGGCUUGAGCGCUGUUCCCGUUGUUCUUAAACAUGGCGACAAAGUCUGGGACCCUGUCCAGCACCGAUAUCGAAAAAUGCGUGGGAAGAUCCCCGGAGACGAUCGCGACCUCCACGAUCACCGCGCAAUGGAAGAAAAAGGACUUGUGCUGCGACGUCGCCGCGAUGUGAACUCGGACGAGGAAAUUGUUGAGGUCGUCAGGCACAAAGGUGAAGUCCUUCAUAGGCGCCCACACCGCCACGAUCGAAGAGCCAGUUCAAUGGACAAUCGAGCCAUUGCAGCCGGUGCCGCCGGAGCUGGAGCUGGCGCCUUAAUCUCAACUCGCGACCGCCGGAGCGAUGACUACUACGAUUCUGAAGGCUCCGUACCUCCACGAUCUCGUAUACGAGCAAAGUCGAGCUCUGGCAGAUCUCGCCGUCGCCGCGGCUCUUCCAGCAGCUCAUCCUCCUCUUCCUCAUCCCUUGACUCUUCCACCGAAGAAGAGAAGAAGUGCAAAAAGCUUGCCCGCAAGAAGUGGAUCACCGCUGCAUUGGCCAGUGUUGCUACCAUCCAUGCUGCAUCCAAAAUUUAUUCGUCCAUCGAAAAUCAUGACAAGCGUAUUGAAAACGUCAGGAAAGGCACCCUGUCACCCGAAGAAGCCCAUAAACAGCAACGGUCGGCACGAUGGCAGGAUGCUGCGGCCAUCGGUAUUGCUGCGCUCGGCAUCAAGGGCGCUGUAAGCGAGUGGAAUGAAGUCUCGGAGGAGCAUAGCCACCACAAAGAAAUGCUGCAAGCACGCGAAGAACACCACAAGAAACGAGUAGAGCGAGAGCGUCGACGCCGAGCUAAAGAAAACGGCGGCUAUUACAAGGGACGAGAUGGCAAUUGGUAUUAUGACGGACCUCAACCACAAGGCAGCGAGAGCUAUCGUAGUGGCAGUGUGAGAGGCCAGUACGAUGACCGAAAGAUGAUUGAAGAUUCGAGCCGAGAACGAAAGAUGAUUGAGUAUGACGACGAUCGAGGUGACAGGAAUAAACGUGCGGUGAGUCGUGGUCGUUACGUUGACUAUUGA